CGCGCUGUCGUCGGUUCUGUUACACGAUCAUCGUCAAAACAAAUAAAAAAAACAUUUAGAGUAAGAUAGGUAACAAUCCAGCAUUUUAUUUUGAAAUCGGCCGAAUAAAGAGGCCGCUGAAUUUGCUGCCAGUGUUUUUAUUUAGAAACUAAUCGGACGAUAUGUUCACGUUGUGCAUGUCGCGAUCUUCUGGACACAAACCGGCGUCUCAACCACCCCUAACGGUCUCUUCGUCGACGAUCUUGACCGACCAUAACCCGCUCCAUGACAACCGAUCACCUAGGAAACAAAUAAAAGGAGGAUAUCUUUUACGAUACAGAAGAGGAAUUCUUUGUAAAGGUUGGCGCAAGGAAUGGGUGGUGCUUUAUGAAGAUUCAACGAUAGCCUUUUACGCAGAAAAGGGUUUGAACAGAGCUCGUGGGGAGGUUUUGAUCAGUGAUUCGCCCGACUUAUUAGCCGUAGGAGAAUGGACCAGACAAGUGCCCAAGCCUCCGCGCGUUCCUAGACCGUGUCAAGUAGGUCAGUUGAUAGUGGUAGGCAACAGAUAUCCAAAACAAGUUCACUGGCUUAUAGCGCCAUCGUGUAACGAAGUCGAUGACUGGAUGACAGCAAUUAGUAACACGCUUCCGCCACCUCCUCAGCUCACCCUGGAUGAGAAAAGGCGUAGGUCACUUUCAUUAUCAGCCUUGAAGGAAGUCAUACAACCGACGGAUAGUCACAAACUUAUUUCACCGCACACUAAGUUCCCUCAAAAUGAACUACCUUUAGCUAAUGGUAUCGCAAAAUGUCCCGGCAUCAAAAAUCAACCGACUUCUCCCCUAACACCGCCUGUCCGCCCCCUAAGCAAUGGAAAUAUAUCGGAAAAGUUAAUGGACCCGUCUACGAUAGCACCAACUCGAAGGUUCAACAACGACCACACCGUAUUUUCAACAGCGGUUAUCGACUGGGGUCACACUUGGGGUCAAGGAUGGGGUUGGAGUCAAGCCGUCUGUGCCACACAAGCCGCUUGUGCCCAUGAUUGUGCGGUCACAUCCACGGUCUACUAUCACGCAGACGAUUAUACUUUAGGUGGCUAUGAAGAGAUGGAUUGGAGCGCUUUCGGUGACUUUUGUUUUUAAACUUCGCCAUGAAACAGUUGGGGCCAUUUUUCUACAGCAACAAAGAAAAAAACAUUACAAGUUAUCAUGCUGGACAUUAUGCUACGGUGCGGUUUGUUUCUAAAGACUGAAACUAUGCAACACAGGGUUCGUAGAAAUAAAUAAAAUUUAGACGGCCAAGUUGACAUCAUUAACGCAUUACGAAAAAAAUAACAAAACAAACUUCAAAUAGGAUCUUCAUUUAAGUCAGAUACCAAAAUAGUCACAUUUUGAAUAUGAAAACAGUUAAUUUUCUAAUAAUCUGUAUCUAAGAAAUAUAUUUAAUAUUAUAUAAACGAAAAGGCGGCAA